AUGAAGAUCGCUGUUCUUGGCGCGACUGGUCAGACCGGACUGGAGCUGGUCAGUCAGGCUCUUCAGCAAGGACACUGCGUCACGGCUGUCGUCAGAAACCCGGGAAAACUCGCGCUGACGCACGAGAACCUCAAGGUGGUUGAAGCAGACAUAUUCUCAGAAGACAGCCUGAAAUUGCAUUUCAAAGGUCAGGAUGCUGUACUGUCCUGUCUUGGCUUUCCUCUCUCUUUUUUAUACGGAGUCACUGGCUACACCCAGUCCAUGAAGGCGGCAUUAAAUGCCAUGCGUGAAGUCAAAGUCAAUCGAAUCAUCACCAUGACCUCAUGGUACACUGACCCUAAUUCAGGCUCCAAUUCUUCCUUUCUCAUCCGCUUCAUGUUGCUUCCCAUGAUUAGAAGUGUUCUGAACAACAUGUAUGAAAUGGAAAACUUUCUCAAGCAGACUGACGACAUCAACUGGACUGUUGUCCGUCCACCUGGUCUCAAGAAUAUACCAACAACAGCCGACGAGUUCCUCACUCAUGAAGGUUAUUAUGUCCCUGAUGAAAACGGCCUGCCGAUCGGUCAGUCUGUGUCCAGAGGAGAUGUGGCUCGUUUCAUGCUCUCUCUACUCAGUAACAACGCUUGGAUGAAGAAAGCUGUUGCUAUCAUCACCAAAUGAGUUUUCACUUCGCUUUAUUUUCAUUACUUGUUUAGCACUUGCCAAAGAGCUUUUAACAGUUCGAUUCAAUGUAUAAAUCAUUCUAUUUUUUCAUUUUAUUAUUUUAAAUCAAGCUGCAGUACUUAUUCAGUACAUCUGGCUUUUUGUCACACAGUCAGCAGUUAGCAAGGUCUGUCAGACUUAUAAUAUGUUUGUCUCAUACAUACAGUUUCCAUGUACUAAUUUCUAAAGGAUUUAAAACAUUUCAGAAUUACAAGAAAAUAUAAUUCAUAAAAUCAUAAAACAUAUUUUAGGACAUUUAAAUGGUUUUGAAAUGAAAAUGAAGAGCAACGAAUUAAAUAUUAUUACUUAAAACAGCCACAUUUUUAUUAACAUACUCAAAACAUACUCCUUCAUAAUCAUUUGUAGUUUACUAAUAUCUAGCCUAUAUGCAUAUUUGUUGAGUUACUGCAUAAUACAAAACACAUCGGUGUUGGGGCGUUUUACAAUACAUUACUGACAAGACACGAACAGUGCAGGUUAUUGAUUUCUUUGUAUUGCAAUUGUUUUACUUGAAUAUUUUAUGCUCAUUUAUGUAUUAUCUAUUUUUUUGUUUUGUUUUACAGCUAUGUUACAUACAUUCUUAGAAGUUUAGUUUGAAAUUAAAAAAGAUAAAUAAGAUAAAAAAGAUAAAUAAGGCCUGAGCACACUGAUGGCGGCCUGCUAUGAAACAUAAAGUUGUAAGCUAUGUAUGAAAAUGUAAAAAUGCAUCAAUGAAGUACACUACAACAAAUAACAUGUAGUUCCUUACACUAAACACUAGAUGGCUCUUCACAUUGCUUAAAGCCACUGGAAGUAAUGUCUCCAUUUGGUGAAACAGGCAGUUUUGAAUGAACACACAGAAAUCUGCUUGUGUCUUAUGACCACGUGACCGCAGUGCCCAAUUAAAUUUAAGAAUAGC